AUGAUUGAUUCGUACAUUCGUUUGUAUAUUACAAUUAUUUUUUUAUCAAUUCGGUUUGUUAUUAAUACACAAAGUGAUCCAUUGUCUACUUUGGAAUCAACCAUAAUUUCUCAUGGUGGACAAGUUUUGCGAGUAACUGAUCCACAGUACAAAGCAGCAACUACACUUCAUAAUAGAGCAAUACAAACAUGGCCCGAUCUUAUAUUACGUCCAACAACUUAUAAUGAUGUAUCAUUAGCACUUUCAACAGAUUCUUCUAUUCGAAUACCGAUUCGUAUAAUGGGAGGUCGACAUAGUCAUGGAGGUUAUUGUAGUCAUCAAGGUACAGUUCUUGAUUCUGCGCUCCUAAAAGGUCUCACAAUUGAUUGGACAGCGGGAAUAGUAAUUAUGCAAGCAGGCGUUCUUUGGCAAGAUGUUUAUAGAGUUUUAAAUGGAUCCGAAUAUGUUGUAAUGGGUGGAAUAUGUCCAACAGUAGGUGUUGUUGGUUUUACAUUUGGAGGUGGUAAUAAUGCUAUGUAUAGUCCUUCGUAUGGUCGUGCAACUGAUAAUGUCCUUAACUUUAAAGUAGCAUUAUACAAUGGAAGUAUUGUGACGGCAUCAUCUAAUACUAAUGUAGAUCUAUAUUGGGCACUACGUGGUGGUGGAGGUGGAAAUUUUGGUUAUGUUCUAGAAAUGACACAAAAACUGCAUCGAAUCAAUGGUACUCUGAAAAAAAUAAAGGAGGUUUACAGAACCCUCCGAAAAGGUUCUGUAGAUUUUCAAAAUGCUCCAAAUGUGUUCAAAGUCUCAAAAAAAGGAUAA